AUGCCCGUCACCGAAUUCGUCUUCAUUCGCCCUAAACCAGACACUCAGCUGCGAAAGGAGCUUGACGCUAAGCUACCUGGUGUACUGAGUGGUGUCUUCUCCAAGCUCCCAAAACUUGAUGUUUUGUGUAUUGGAUCGAAGCUCGGUGGUACGAGCGUGGAUACACAUCAACAGGACGAACUGUGCCUCUUCCUGCAAUGGCAACACAUCUCGGGAUUCAAUUCCUUCAUUGGGUCACCCGAAUUUACCACGUUCAAAGAAUCCAUGUUGCCAUACUUGGCCGGCCCUCCUGAUAUUCAAUUAUACGAGUCGCCCGAAGACGGGCUGUUUCCCACAAAAGAAUAUCCGUUAUAUCUUCACAUCAUGAAGUCGCGUCCCAAUGGCGGUGACACUGAAACUGACUCACAGCAACGAAUCGCUAUUAACAAUGGGUGGGAAGCCUUUAUUGAGCGGUCUAGAUUGGCCUCAGGCUCCGAUGAAAGCUUCGAAUUUUCCUUGAAUGGUUUCGGUUUGCGAAAAGACAACGGGACUUUUCUGAGCAUAACCGGUUGGAGAGAUGAUAAGUUGAUUAACUUGACUCUGAAUGAUUUGGAUGUUAAGCAUAGUCUCCAGCGGCUACAAGACGUAGCAGGGGCGACUGGUUGGGAUCAAUUCAUCUUUAAAACACAACAGGUUACUUUGGAUAAGUAG